AUGGUUACCAAGUUACCACUGGAGAUCCAGCUCGAGAUCGCAGAGUAUCUCAUGCCAGAAUACCAGCUCUGCUACCUGCGUGCCUUUCCACAUCUCGCGCGUCUAUUUGGACCCCGCCAAUUCAAACCAAAAGGCGAAUUUAUGGACAACAUCCUCCAUACCAUUACAGCCCUGGGAGGGGAGGACAUGCAUAGGCGGUACCACUGGAGCAACAUCAAAAGGCAACUUGAGCUCAGGCCUAGGCUCGCCCUCGACACCGCUAUCUUCACAGACCUCAUAGCGUGCAAGAGCGCCAAUCUGCACAUCCAAAACAAAUUCAACGAUACCCCGCUGAUGAACGCAAUCAGUGCAUCCAGCCUGACCUUCGCCAAGCUAAUCCUAGACAAGGACCCCAGCGGCAUCAACCUCACAGAUCAAGAAGGCCGCGCCGCACUGCACAGGGCCGUCGAGGCUGAGUCCACAGCGGGCCUUGCUCUCCUCCUCGCGCAGCCUGGUGUCGAUCCAAAUAUGGUCAUGGACAAGUACCGGAAUAGGACACCUCUGAUCCAAUGUCUCUGGCGCUAUUUCUACAAGGGCGCUGAGCUCCUUAUUGCGCACAGGAACAUCGACCUAAACCAUGCGGCCGGGGACGGCGACACGGCGCUGAUCAUGGCCGCCAGACACGGGCAAGAUGAUCUGGUGCGGCGGAUACUGGAUCGGGCAGAUGUGAAGGUCAACGUGAAUGAUGAGGGUAAUAAGGGGUACACGGCGCUGGACCACGCUAUUGUCGGGAACCACGCUGGCAUCGUGGACAUGCUUUUGGGGACCGAUGGAAUUCGCCCGCGCUGGGACUCGAGGGAUGGUGAUGAUUGGCGCAGGAAUCCACUGUAUGUGGCUGCUCGGGCUGGCGCGGUAAAUGCCUUGGAGCGGCUUCUUAAGUGCGAGCACGCGCGCGUUCAUGCUACUAAUUUCAGUGGUAGAGAUUUGGCGUAUUAUGAUAUUAGGAACCCGCGGUGUAGACGGCUGCUCUUGGAUCAUGGUGCGCUGCCAAUCGAUUCAGGACAAGAUGAGCAAACUUGA